AUGGCUGAAGCGGAUCCCCCCGCACCGAGCCUGCGGAAGGGCAAGUCCAGUUCGAGCCUCAAGACUGUCAUACAAGAACAGUCCGCUGCAGCUGAAUCGCCCAUUGCCAGAGCCGAAGUGCCCUCAAUGCCUUCUAGAGAACCAAUCUCCGAUAACUCAAGUCACCCGGAUCUCUCCCCGCAAUCCCCAACGUUGACGGUCCGUCACGCCGAAACUGAGAAGCUGAGGCCGAAGACAGCCCUCCCACGGACAAGUUUUAGCAGGGCCAGGGCGUCGCUCGACGGUCGCUCCAUAGCCAGCCUGAAAUUCACCCCGCGAAUUCCGAGCAUAAUGGUAAACGACGCCCCUCCCCGUCCUAGUUCGAGGAUGUCAGAGCGCAGUGUGCGGUGGGGCGGUCGGAGGGCGCAGAAGAAACCUGAAGUCCCGACGGUGCCACCGCUUCCCGCUGUCGAGCCGUUCCGUGGAAUAAGGCUGGAUAUACCGUCUGGCUCGUUGGAAGACCUUACCACUGCCACUAUGGAAGCUUUGCAGUCGUCAACUCCAGACCAAGCUCCCAACAAGCAGGCGCCGCCAGAACAGACUCCGGAAGGUUCCGCCAAUACCACGGAGGCGAAACUCACCGUCAAUGGCUCGACCCGUUCUUCAAGCACAAGGCGCAUUAGAUCGGCAAAUUCCUUGCGUUGUAGGCCAAGUGUUACUUCGAGUCGGCCUAUCUCCGCCGAUGAGGAGAUACUGUCUCACAAAGUUAGAUUGAUGUACGAAAUGGGUGAUGCAGAUAUUGAUGAUUCCGAAAUUGGACAGCUGUUGAAUGAGGAUCAAGAUGUUCUGUGGGAAGAGCCAUCAUCUCUGGAGGACAACGGGGAUCGAGUAUCUGCUACCGAUAAUAAUUUACUCACUGAACCGGUAAACGCUCCGAAGAGCGGAUCCCGGCGGGGUAGUAUGAUCCAGCGAGAAGAGACUGAAUUAGCGGGGGGCAUAGAGGACUGGAAUAACGUUAGGAAUGAGGAUGUAGACAGAUAUGGGUUUAUCAUCCCGCGCUGGGACACCGGAGACGGCUCGGAGCCGAAUCCACCCCAGCCGCUUCAACGCGUGUCGACGAGUCUGAUGCUUGCUUCUGCUUCCCCGCGUAGAAAGCGGACAUUACGAAGGACUCCCACGGCGACUGCCAGCAUCAGGUCGUUCUCCGGUCGCUCUCCUUCACGAAAGUCGACCGACCAACCCAACCGCCCAACCUCUUCUCAGAGUUCUUACCACCCAAAUCUAACCAGGACUGCUUCCAGGUUUCGAUAUGCUACUAAUAAACUGCCGCAUAACAAGGAUCGAAAGCUGAUGGAUGAAGCCAGCGAUAUGUUGACGCUUCCGGCAUCAGUGGAGAGAGAGAUGGCCCACGACGACACUCCCUAUGCUCGCGCUAUGAAGAAGAAAGAAUGGGAACGGGAGGACAAGUGGAGGAAAAUGGCCAAGCUCACGUCGAAGGACAGGGACGGUUCUGGGAUGACCUUUGAAUUCGAUACCACCAGCCCCAAACUCAUUGAACGGACCUGGAAGGGUAUUCCCGAUAGCUGGAGAGCGACAGCAUGGCAUGCAUUCCUCACAGCUAGUGCCAAGAAGCGGAAAGACAGCCCGACGGAUGAGGAACUCAUUCGCCGCUUCAAUGAGCUACAGGACGAGCCGUCGCCUGAUGACCUCCAGAUCGAUAUUGACGUCCCGCGCACGAUAAGUAGCCACAUCAUGUUCCGUCGACGUUAUAGGGGUGGCCAAAGGCUAUUGUUCCGCGUUCUUCAUGCUAUGUCGCUCUAUUUCCCUGAGACUGGCUAUGUUCAGGGAAUGGCGUCUCUGGUUGCCACCCUACUUGCAUACUACGACGAGGAGAAUGCAUUCGUGAUGCUAGUUAGGCUUUGGCAACUUAGGGGUCUGGAACGUCUGUAUCGUUCUGGAUUUGCCGGGUUGAUGGAAGCACUCGGAAAUUUCGAAAAGGAGUGGCUGGACGGAGGGGAAGUUGCGGAAAAAUUGACCGAACUCGGCAUCCCCCCUACGGCGUAUGGAACUCGCUGGUAUUUAACAUUGUUUAAUUACUCUAUACCAUUUCCCGCCCAGCUUCGCGUCUGGGAUGUCUUCAUGCUUCUUGGGGACUCUGGUGAAGGGGCCCUUUCAAGGCCAGCCACUAGUUCUCACUCUAAAGGCGGCUCGAUCGGUAGCCAGCAGCCACAGGCAGACAUCGCAGCCCCUUUCGGGCGCAGCCUCGACGUUUUGCAUGCUACAUCCGCGGCUCUAAUUGACGGCAUGCGGGAUAUCAUUCUAGAGUCUGACUUUGAGAAUGCGAUGAAAGUCCUGACAAGUUGGAUUCCAAUUAAGGACGUCGAGCUGUUUAUGCGUGUAGCAAAGGCAGAGUGGAAAGUGCACUAUCGAAAGAAGGCUUAA